GCCACAUGUACCCAUCCUUGUCCUAUAAGUAGCCUCCACUAACUUGGUAACAACACAAACACAAUCCUAGCUACCUUCUACACUUGCUCUCUCUCUAGCUAAGCGGCUUCUAGCUGCCAGCUUCCUCACUUGUCACUUGAUCAUCUACUCAUCUCUCGAUUUUCAAGUUGUCAUCUUGAAUUCUUGAUCGAGUUUCGUUUCGUGGGCAGCUAGCCUUUGAAUGGAGUUUGACAUGCUGAACUCCAACCCGGAGGCGCAGCUCGAGCUGAUGAACACAAUGCUACAGCUGGAGCAGCUGAGCGCAUUCCCUGACCACCACGGCAUGGUGGUGCCGUGCUCUCCCACUUCGCCAUGCAUGGGAGCGCAAGGUGGUCAUCAUCACUUCUCCUCGGUGAAUCAUCAGCCAGCUCACGGCGUCGUGUCGUCAGGUGGCGCCAACACCGGCGACGGGUACCGCGACCAGUACUACACCCAGCUGCUUCCCGCCGCCGCGUACAGCAACGCGGCAGGCGGUGGCCGCGGCUCGGAGUACCACACGACGACGACGACGCGGCCGGCUUCCGGCGGCGGCGGGGACGGCGGCGUGGGGCCGGCGGCGAUGAGGGAGAUGAUCUUCCACAUCGCGGCGCUGCAGCCGGUGAACAUCGACCCGGAGACGGUGCGGCCGCCGAAGCGCCGGAACGUGCGCAUCUCGACGGACCCGCAGAGCGUGGCGGCGCGGAUGCGGCGGGAGCGCAUCAGCGAGCGCAUCCGCAUCCUGCAGCGGCUCGUCCCCGGCGGCACCAAGAUGGACACCGCCUCCAUGCUCGACGAGGCCAUCCACUACGUCAAGUUCCUCAAGACUCAGGUGCAGUCGCUGGAGCGCGCCGCCGCCGCCAACGGCCACCGCCCGCCGCCGCCCACCGCCACCUCCGCCGCCGCCGCCACCGUGGCCUACCCUGGCCUGAACGGCCAGUGGUAGAUAUAUAUCGCGUACGUCCAUCCUCCCGUGCUCCUGCCCAAAAUCGUCCGAUCGACAUGUACGUAUCCAUGAGGCCGUGCACACACCAUGUAAUGACGACCGAGACCUGCAUUCAUCACCGUUUGCGACGACGGCGCGUCGGUAGCUCUAGCUAGCACCUGUACGAUCACAUCUCUGUACAUUAAUAUGUAACGUAGUGGUACUAUUUAUCUAGUGCGCAUCAUGCAUGCGCACAAAACUUUAGUAUAUGUAGUAGCUUGUACAUUGUACGCCACCAUGCACGCAUCUUUUCACCCCUUUUGCUAUAUGAAUCGAUCGAUCUAGCCAUUUC